CCUACCCAACCCCGUGCGUAAAAGAUAUUUUGGAAACUUGGAUAUCUAUAAGUAGCUUUUUAAAUGACCUACAACAAAAACUGUUCACAUACGGAAACAAUCGGAUCUCAACACAACACGAGUCCAGACUGGUGCGAGAUCAAUGAUCUUUGACUUUUUUUUAAUGCCUGAAAAACUGUUUUCUGCUCGAUGAGAACCUGCCCUGCCUGACCAGCCCCGGACAACCAGGAGUCGCCAAAUCCACAGGUCAAAGAGUUAUUUAUCUUUUCAAUAGAUUCUAGCCAUGUAUGCAUUCAGUAGUUGGAGAUAAAUCUGCAGCAAAAGUCUGGUGCGGUUGUAAAGGGGAGAGGGAGAGUGUGUGUGCGCGCUCUCGCUCUGUAGCCUCACCGGACCCGAGGAGGAGGAAAUCUGGGAGAGAAGGGGAAGAGAAGCGGCGUCUCCAAGGAUGACUUUAGGGACGGAUAUGUCCGACAGCUCUGCAUUGUCCGAAGAUGUGGACAUCGAUGUGGUUGGGGGUGACAUAUCCGUUGGGAAGGACGGAAAGUACAUUCACCACGAGUUCAACUUGGACAAUGACUCGGACGAUAAUUACUCCCAGAACGCGGGUGAGAGAGGUUCCUCUCCCGGGCUCAGCAGCUCCGACUGUCCGUCAGACCAGAUGGGGUCCAGCGCAGAGGUCGGGACCGUGAUCGGGGACAAACCCAGAAAAAGUGCACUUGUGAAGCCUCCUUACUCUUACAUCGCCCUGAUCACCAUGGCCAUCCUGCAGAGCCCCAAGAAACGCCUCACUCUCAGUGAGAUCUGUGAGUUCAUCAGCAAUAGAUUCCCUUACUACAGGGAGAAAUUCCCCGCGUGGCAAAACUCUAUUCGCCACAAUCUUUCCUUAAACGACUGCUUCGUGAAAAUCCCACGAGAACCUGGCAACCCCGGAAAGGGCAACUACUGGACCCUCGACCCGGAUUCCGCAGACAUGUUCGACAACGGGAGCUUUUUGCGCAGGAGGAAGCGCUUCAAGAGGCACCAGGCUAAUGAAAUCCUCAGGGACACCGGUGGCUUUCUACCCGGGUUUGGAUACGGCCCCUAUGGAUACAACUAUGGACUUCAGCUGCAAAACUUCCACGCAGCGCACAACCCGUAUCACCCACACCACACAGGUGGUUCAUUCCCGUUCCCCAACGCCCCCUGCACCUUGCCCCCAUCAGGCUCCAUAUUCCCUGCGCCGCAUCCCCUGCCCACCCUUUUAGGGGCCGAUUUAAGAAAGCCCUUUUACCCUCAACUAAGCCCGUCUCUGCCGCCUCUCAAGACGGACUCCAGCGCCCCGAGUCGGCCUUCGUUCUCCAUUGACAAUAUCAUCGGUGCGGCCAACUCCACCGCCUCUUCCUACAGCGCACAGCCGAGCAGCCAGGCUCAGAUCCUGGCCAUGUUGACCCCAGCACUGGCCUCAGCUUCCAACCAUUUGAACCUAACACAGGACAGCAUAUUACAACCCGGGCCACAGGGUCAGACUUUUUCCAGCAAAACCCCGAAUAUGAACACUUGCCCUUUCUAGAAAAAUGGUGAGGUUGCCCGGUGAAAAAAAAAAAACUUUUAUUAAAAAGCCACUUGUGGCGUCGUCCUGUGUGAAGGUAGGCUGUAUCCUCGGUGAAAUAAGAGUGCUUUUGGGUCUCCCCGUUUCCUAACAAUGUAAGAGGAGAGACAGGUUUAUUUAUGGAUUGUAAAUAUGUGUAUAAUAUUAACAGACAAAAGCGAGACACACUCUGAGAAGGAUCUUUUUUUUAAAAAGAAAACAGUGCUGGCCUGCAAUCUGGCAUGUGGCCUUCAUUUGUCAGUGGGAGAAAAAAAAAUCCUGUUAUUUGAACAUAAAUUAAAAAGGUGUCACCCGAUUCUUUUU